AAUGGAGGCAGUGCAGUUAUCAGAAAAAAAGGGUUGAUCCAGCAGGUAGCUGCAAAGAUAGGGGAAAUCCAUGCUAUUCAAAUUUAGUAGGUAAAUCUGAUGCCAAAGCUCCUGAGACUAACAAAGUGAAUGAAGUAAAAAUGGAGCCAGUAAUUCUAUCAGAUUCUGAAGAAGAGAGGGUGGAUCCAUCCCGUGGCUCCAAAGUUGGGGGAAAUCCAUGUUAUUCACAUCCAGGAGGUAAAUCCCAUGCCAAAGAUGAUAGCAUGCUUGGCCUGACGAAGAAAACUCCGGAGACUAAAGAAGCAAAGAGAGUCUUUAUGGAGCUAAUAGUAUUAUCAGACUCUGAGGAAGAAAACGCUCACCCACCCCGUGGCUCCAAAGAUUGGGGAAAUCCAUGCUAUUUACAUCCAGGAGGUAAAUCCGAUGCCAAAGCUGAUAACAUGCACGGCGUGAAGAAGAAAGUUGUCGAGACUAAAGAAGUGAAAAAGGCUGCCAAGGAUCCUGACAAGCCUAAGAGCCCAGCAAGCGCUUUCUAUGUUAAGCGAGGAUGGAGGUCUGACAGGAAUCCAAACAAACCCAAGAAGCCUGCAGGUGCUUUCUUCAUUUUCAUGGAGGACUUUAGGAAGCAGUUCAAGGAGGAGAGUCCAAAUAAUAAAUCUAAGGUCCCUAUCCAUAUAGCUGGUGGAGAGAAGUGGAAACAGUUGUCAGAUGCUGAAAAAGCUCCUUAUAUGGCAGAGACAAGGAAAUGGCUGGCUGAUAACCAUAAGAAGAAGGAUGCUUAUAAGAAGCGAGUAGCUGCUGAAGAUUCUGAUGAAGAGGAAUCUUACAAGUCACUGUUCGAAGUUGAUUAGUGUAAUGACCCUAAAGGUCAUUUUUGGAAAUUUUCAUAAAAUGACCGUUUUACCCUCCCGAUAGUUACCCCGAGUCCUAAUUGUUGUAUUUUCGAAGUUGGUUUGAAGGAAAAUUGA